GAUCAUGGAUUGGUUUUGAAGGUGGUCUCUGGUUGGGUGGAUUGACGGGAGAUCAGCGACUUUCUGACGAAAAUUGUCUCAUCUAUCAGACUGAUCCUAUUCAAGAAACAAUUGAAAUUGUUGGCUUUGUCAAUGUAUCCCUUCAGCUUGUAACUACAGGUGCAAUAAACGGAGCUCAACGACAAAUGCCACCUGCAAAUCUCGAACCAAAUCAUCCAUAUAUAAUAACUAUUCGACUUCGUUUUACAACAUGGACUUAUUUUAUUGGUCAUCGUAUUCGUGUUGCUAUAUCGAAUAGUAUGUUUCCAACUUAUUGGCCAUCUCCAUUUGCUAUGAACACAUCACUCUUUCUCGAACCAUCAACUACUCUUAUUGACUUACCCGUUAUUCCUGCUAUGUCAUCAAUACCAUCAUCACCAUUGUUCACUCAACAACAAGUUUCAUCAGAUGAUAUUCUUUCAGAAUCAUUUUCAGGAGGUAAACCAAGAAUAUAUCAAAAGUAUGAAACAAAUCUAUCUACAACAAUUAUUUUUCAACGACUUACCUACGAACUUUUACCUACAAAUAUAUUCAUAUAA